CUAUUUCAGUCUCAAAUCCAUCAAACGUCAAAACAAUGGAUAAGGCGACCUAAAGAACAUCAUUUCCAGAAGGCCAAAAAUCCUCUGAAAAUGGAGGCCAAUCUCUUCACCUUACCUUCUUCCACACCCAAACCGCUGUCUGUACCUUCCAUUUCUCUCAAAUCACACUUCAGAAACCCCUUCAACUCCACCACCCACCUCCGCCAUGGUCGCCCCAAGACUGCACCUUUAACAAUCAGGUCAGCCAUUAGCAGAACCAAGAAGGAAGAAACUGUUGAAACAGUGAAGCAGCAGCUCGAGGAUUGUUUCCUCAUUGCUGCCAUUGGGUACAAAGGGUUCACCGUCAAACAAUUUCAGGAGCUCAGGAAGCAAUUCCCUGAAUCUUCGAAGCUCAUUGUUGCCAAGAACACUCUUGUUUACAAGGCCGUUGAAGGGACUCCAUGGGAAGCCUUGAAACCUUGUAUGAAAGGUAUGAAUGCUUGGCUAUUUGUUCACAGUGAAGAAAUCCCAGCUGCAUUGAAGCCUUUUAGGGAGUUUCAGAAGGAGAAAAAAUUGGAUAGUAAUGAUUUUACUGGAGCUGUGUUUGAAGGGAAGUAUUAUGGUCCUGAUGAAUUCAAAAGUCUAGAGACUUUGCCAACGAGGGCUGAAGUUUAUGCCAGAAUUUUGGGAUCACUUAAGGGCCCUGCAUCAUCUGUUGUUGGGACUUUGCAGGCUCCUGCUAGGAAUUUGAUUAUGACGCUCCAAGCUCAUGUGAAGAACUUGGAAGAGGGUGGGAGUAAAGGAGACUAGUCUUUCUUGCUCAAUUUCUAAUAGUAGAUAUCCAAUGUUUAAUCAGAUAUAUCAUGCAUGAAUGGAGAAAGAAGUGAUACAUUGUUGAUGUCACAGUCAUUCACUUGCACCGAUUCUCAUUGGGAACAACUUAUAUCAAUGGAGAUAACCUUUUCCCCUCUUCCUAGAUGGUUAUGAAAUAGGAUAGGCGUUGCUGAAACAUAGACGCAUUUUGAACACCUCUGUCUGCCUACACCAUUAUGAUUACGCCCCUGUUUUAAGACAAUUUAUCAUCCAAAAUUUCAUCAAGGCUUUCUAUGAAAUUGUUGCUUUUUUCACUUCUUCUUUCCUAAUAAUGAAUUCCUUUACUUGGCAAUACCUCC